AUCGUACAAGAAUCAAUACAGAUACCUGGCUCGGACUUGCAUCUCACGUAUCAGUCUUCGCAAGCCUCAGGCUACUUGAGCAUCGUACGCAUGCGCCUCACCGCGGAAAAGAUACCAAAGACUCUGACGCAUGUUCAUGUGGGCGUGGAAAUCGAGGGCGCACUUCAUGUGAAGACGUAUGAGGCCGAUCCCAACUUAAUACACACGUUCGCCUGGAACAAACGCAAUGUCUAUCGGCAGAAGGUCUACGGCGUCACCAUUGCACGCAUUUCCGUCGGCUACCAGCACUCGACCUGCAAGAUGCCAGUUUGGAUCACGCAAACCGCCAAGCUGCAGGGCUAUGACGUCGACAUUUCAGACAUCGGUGGCUGGGGUCUGGACAUACACCACCACUACAAUUUCCACGAAGGCAUAUUACAGAAGGGGGAUGGCAGUACGCUUCACAUGAAAGAAUACCCUCGCACCGUAAAGGUGGUGAUGGGCACCGGCUUGCAACGUCCGCUGAACUGUCCCGACCACUGCAACGGCAUAGCCAAGGACGCCAAGCUACUCACACCCAUCGCAUUGGCGUCCGGCCCAGACGGUAGCCUAUACGUGGGCGAUUUCAACUUGGUGCGACGCAUCACGCCUGAUGGCAAAGUCUACACAAUACUGCAACUGAGUGCCACGCAGGUUUCCUAUCAGUAUUACCUGGCAGUGUCGCCCGCAGAUGGCCACCUGUAUAUAUCCGAUCCGGAGCGGCACCAAAUUCUAAGACUGCUGCGUUUAGAGAAAGUGAAGGACCCCAGUAUCAACAGUGAGCCCAUUGUAGGCAGCGGACAGCGUUGCAUACCCGGUGAUGAGGGCAAUUGCGGUGACGGAGGCCCGGCGUUGCAGGCUCGUCUUUCGCAUCCGAAGGGGCUGGCCAUUGCCGCAGAUCGCACCAUGUACAUUGCUGAUGGCACCAACAUACGAGCGGUGGAUCCCAAGGGAGUCAUACACACACUGAUUGGGCAUCAUGGCCACCACAACCACUGGAGUCCGGCGCCUUGCUCUGGCACUCUAAUGGCAAACCAAGCACAACUUCAAUGGCCCACUGGUCUGGCGCUCAGUCCACUCGACGGUUCUUUGCAUUUUAUCGACGAUCGGCUGGUGCUGCGCCUAACUUCGGACAUGAAGAUUCGCGUCGUAGCUGGCACGCCCCUGCAUUGCAACAACAAUGGUCAAGACAAAUCGAACAAGACGUCGGAGAAUGUGCUGGGCACAGUGCUGGCAAUGGCGUUCUCGCCAUUCGGUGAUCUCUACAUCGCAGACAGCGACUCACGACGGGUAAAUUCAAUUCGAGUGGUGGACACAGCGGGAAAUAUGCGCUACUUUGCUGGCAAGCAGGAGGGUCUGGGUUCACUAACCUGCGAUUGCUCCAAUGGCAACACUGUCAACAGUUCAACAUCCGGUCUGGCCUCGGCGCUUUCAUCAACCGGCAGCGGCGUCGCUGGUAGCGCCUACUCAACGACAAUGAAUCCGAAACGUACCACCACACCAACAACGCCGGCUGGCAGCAACGGACACGGCAACAACGGCAAUGGCGGCGGAAGCGGAAAUGGUGCUGUCUCUGGCUAUGGUGCUGGUGCGGGCAACGGUGCGGGUGGCGUUGGCGGUGUGGGUGUGGGUGCUCCCUGCAUUUGCAGCGGCGGCGGUGUCGGUGUCACGGUCGGCGCUCCCAGUGGACUGGCGGGCAUCGUGGCCGGUGGUAAUUUAAUGUCAACUGGACCAACGACAACCACAACAAUAUUGCUGGGCGCCAAAACAACAGCUGCAGCAAACGGCAUGGGCGGCGCCAUGAAUGAUGAUGGCACUUUGAGCAACGCGGAGACCUUGCUAUCGUCGAAUGCUCGCUUUCAGGCGAUUUCGGCCAUUUCGGUGGCGCAGGACGGCGUCAUUAAUGUGGCGGAUCAAGGUUCGCUUCAUGUUCUUGCGCUCGAGCAUUAUCUGCCAUCACACGACGAGAACGGCGAGUUCCAUAUUCCGUAUCCUCCAUCCAGUGAAAUUUAUGUCUUCAAUCGUUAUGGCCAACAUGUUGCCACAAAGGAUCUGACUUCGGGCAAGACACGUUACAGUUUCCUUUAUUCAAAGAAUACCUCCUUUGGACGUCUCUCCACCGUCACCGAUGCCUCAGGCAAUAAGAUUCAAUUUCUUCGCGACUACAGUAACGUGGUCAGCUCCAUCGAAAACACACAAGAUCACAAGUCUGAAAUACAGAUAAAUGGCAUUGGCAUUAUGACUAAACUGAGCGAGAAGGGUCGCCAAGAGAUCGAACUGGACUAUGACAGUAACACUGGGCUGCUCAUGUCGCGCUCAUCAGGCGGCGAGACUUACAUCUAUCAGUAUGACGAGUUUGGACGUGUUACUGGUACCAUCCUGCCAAGCGGCGAAAUCGUGCGCAUCACUUCCGAGCUAGCCGAUAACAAAGGGCUUACUGUGUACGUGCACGCUUCCGUUGAGUCACUUUUCUCACGCGAGCGCGGUGAAACGAAUGAGUUGCUGGUUUUGGGUGGUGUGCGCUCUACUUUCAUGAAAAAGGGUGGGGAGAAUGCUGACGCAGAAAUCAAACCGAAUAACACGCUCGUGAUUCACAGUGCCAACGGCGUCGUUGUUGAGUCAUCGGCCGUUGCCAGACAUCCGUUGCUCGAGGCAGCGUUGCCGGUUGAAGCUGAAAUGCUGGCCAUGUGGUCACAUCAGAGCGUCACUAUGGGCGAAAGUUUGACAAACAAUAUGUAUUCCGUGUACAAUUUAGUCGGUGAUGUGCGCAAUCCUCAGCAGACACUCAAUCGCGAGAUUUGGGUAAAUCAAUCGCGCGUCAUUGGCGUUGAGUACGACCAGUUUACUAACCGUGAGACAUUCUAUGACAUGAACCGAACUCCGAUACUCAUUGUUGCAUACGAUCAGUCUGGACUGCCAAAGUCAUAUUAUCCGACCAAUGGUUAUCCUGUGAACAUCACCUACGACCGCUUCAAUCGCAUUGAAGGCUGGGCCUGGGGUCCGGCUGAGCUCAAGUAUUCAUAUGAUAGACAUGGUCUGCUCUCAGAGAUCACCUCACAGCAAGAUGGUAUCAUUUCCUUUGUCUACAAUGAUUGGAAUUUGAUGUCGGAGAUCGGCUUGGCAAGCCAGCGGAAGUUUGUACUGCAGUACGACGAGUCGGGCGGUCUCAGGCACGUUCUGAUGCCAUCUGGUACAAAGCACUCCUUUAGCAUGCAGACAUCCAUUGGCUUCAUCCGCUGCACUUACACGCCGCCUGGCAGUACGCGAGCUUACUUGCAGCAUUACAGUCAUUCUGGUGCCCUGCUUCAGACAAUAUUCCCUGGUGACGGCGCACGCAUUGUUUACCGCUACAACUCGGGCGGUCAACUGGCUGAGAUCGUGCACGGCGAUGGAAAGAGCGAGUUUCUUUACAACGAUGCUACGGGCAUGCCCAGUACAGUCUCACACACCGAGCGGGAACUGGAGUAUCGUUGGGACUUUGAAUACACCGGAGGUUUGCUGAGCGAAGAGCGCAUCGACUAUGUGGCCAAGACAGGACUAAGCAAUGCCAAAUUCACCUAUGAGUAUGAUACUGAUUUUCGUGUCAUUUCGAUCCAGGGACGCAUAGGUGGCCAAAAUCUACCCUCGCAAAAUUUUGCAUACAACCAACGUACAGGUCAGCCAAGUCUCAUUGGCCAAUUCAAGAUUAUGCAUCCAAUGCUGAAUCAGACACAAGUCUACGAUGGCACAGCGACUUUUACGCGGACUGUGGAUGGCCGCUUUCUAACGCAGAAAGUGACUCUCUCCAUACAUCGGCUCGAAGUGUUCCGCAUGGAGUUUUCAUUCGGAAUGCAUGGACGCAUCACCCAAACACGUACCUACACACGCAACAUGGCCGUCAAUACAUACACCAAUGUUAAAAACUAUACUUGGGAUUGUGACGGCCAGCUAGUUGGGGUGGAAGCUCAGGAGCCGUGGGGCUUCCGCUACGAUGACAACGGCAACCUACUGUCGCUGACGUACCGAGGUAACACCAUCCCCAUGGAAUACAAUGCACAGGACCGCAUCGUUAAAUUUGGGGAGGGUCAGUACAAGUACGACACUCGUGGACUGGUUGCCCAGAAUGCGCGAGAAGAGCGCUUUCACUACAACACACAGGGCUUACUAGUUCGCGCCACCAAGCGUGGACGGUUCGAUGUACGCUACUAUUACGACCACAUGAAACGUCUAACCACCCGAAAGGACAACUUUGGAAACGUAACCCAGUUCUUCUACACUAGUCAAGAUCGGCCCUAUGAAGUUUCUCAGAUAUAUUCACCACGCGACGGAAAACUAAUGUCACUAACUUACGACGAUGUGGGUCAUCUUAUCUAUGCACAAGUGUACAGGCACAAAUAUUACGUGGCCACAGACCAGAGCGGGACUCCGAUCAUGAUUUUCAACCAAUACGGCGAGGACAUAAGGGAAAUUAUGCGCUCACCAUUCGGUCACAUCGUUUACGACUCCAAUCCAUACCUAUUUCUGCCUAUUGACUUCUGUGGUGGCAUUUUGGAUCCUGUCACAGCUCUCGUGCACAUGGGCGAUGGUAGAGUAUAUGACCCACUAAUCGGCCAAUGGAUGUCGCCCAACUGGGAACUAGUGGCCGAGCGCAUCAUAACACCCACGAAGAUGCAUCUUUAUCGCUUGAAUGGCAAUGAUCCCAUAAAUGUCGACCACGACCGCAACUAUCCCGCCGACUUCUCUUCGUGGAUGAAGACACUUGGCUUCAGUAUAAAGAACUUGGUUCCACAACUAACGCGAAACCUAUGGGAACAACCCUCGCUGUGGGGUCGUGCGCCGCAUAAUCCAAUUGCGCUCAACAUGAAACGACCCAUAGAUAACAUACCGACCAUGGCUGUGGAGAGUGGUUUCUUGGCGCACCUUAAUGUGCGGCGAAUGUCCAAUUUCGAGGACUUGUCUGCACCGCCAAAGUCCGCGCUUAAGUUUGAUGUCAUGAACCCGACCCCGCGUAACAUUGGCUCAGACACCGAGCCACCGUUCGGUAAGGGCAUCGUUGUGUCUCGCACUAAUGAUGGCCAAGCCAUCGUUUCCAGUGUUCCCGCAGCGAACGCCAUCUACCGCGACGUCUACACAUCGGUCUUCAACCGCUCCAAGCUGCUGCCAUUCACAUUUGUGGUGCACAACGCACAGCAAGAUUCGUUCUUCUUUGUCAAAGAGGAGGCAUGGCGCGCCAGUGAAGACCGCCAGCAACUGAAACGUCUUCAAGGACAGGUGAAUACGACCUUCCACGAGAACUCACGAGAAAACGGUAGUGGCAACAAC